UCUCAGCACCUAAACCAGAUAGCUCACUGUCAAUAGGUGGAGGAAUUGGUGGGGCAUUUGGAGGCCUUGGUGGAAUUGGAGAUGGAAAAGUUGAUGUUGAUGUCUCAGCACCUAAACCAGAUGGCUCACUGUCAGCAGGUGGAGGAAUUGGUGGGGGAUUUGGAGGCCUUGGUGGGGGAUUUGGAGGCCUUGGUGGAAUUGGAGAUGGAAAAGUUGAUGUUGAUGUCUCAGCACCUAAACCAGAUGGCUCCCUGUCAGCAGGUGGAGGAAUUGGUGGGGUAUUGGGAGGCCUUGGUGGGGGAUUUGGAGGCCUUGGUGGAAUUGGAGAUGGAAAAGUUGAUGUUGAUGUCUCAGCACCUAAACCAGAUGGCUCACUGUCAGCAGGUGGAGGAAUUGGUGGGGGAUUUGGAGGCCUUGGUGGAAUUGGAGAUGGAAAAGUUGAUGUUGAUGUCUCAGCACCUAAACCAGAUGGCUCACUGUCAGCAGGUGGAGGAAUCGGUGGGGGAUUUGGAGGCCUUGGUGGAAUUGGAGAUGGAAAAGUUGAUGUUGAUGUCUCAGCACCUAAACCAGAUGGCUCACUGUCAGCAGGUGGUGGAAUUGGUGGGGUAUUUGGAGGCCUUGGUGGAAUUGGAGAUGGAAAAGUUGAUGUUGAUGUCUCAGCUCCUAAACCAGAUGGCUCACUGUCAAUAGGUGGAGGAAUUGGUGGGGGAUUUGG